UCCCUUCUUUUUCGGUUUUCUAAAGCCAUAACUCUCCUUCUGGAUUUCAUCGACUGUUCAUCUCUCUCAUAAUCUUUCUCUCUCUAAGACGGCCGGAAACCGCUCGGUUGUCAGUUGUCACCGGUGAGCCGCUUUAUUGUCCGUAUCGACUUCCGGAGUUCUUUCCGGAGGAGUCGUCUUCAAUUAGUGGGCUUACAGAAACGGAGACGAACUAUUCUCUGCUAUCAUUGUGCGGUUCUCUGCGGUUAAGAAGUUUAACCGGUUAAUUCUUCCGAUCUCUUCGUCCGGUGGCUGUUUUGAGGGAAUGUACCGGAGAAAACGACUGAGAUCGUGAUCUAGGGUUGAGAUUUGUUGUUGCUGCGUUUGUUAUGUUUCUUUCCCUCUUCUUCUAUCUCGAUUGUAUGGUUUGGUGAACUAAGAGAAGACGGAGGGUUUCGGCGAUAAACUUUGGAAUGAGAUGGGGAAUCAUAUGGAAGAACAUAGUACAUAUAGGCCGAUUCUAUAUUGAAGUUGUAAUAAAGUGCCUCUAGAACGUGGAUACAUUAGAACAUUGGAUGCACGCCUCUCAAUAACUAUUUCUUUUGGGGGAAGGGAGGGUUUGUUUCUCCAGAGAAGCCAAGUUGGAAUUUUUGAAGCAGAAGAGGCUUCAACAGAUGCAAACAGGCACAUUAAAUAAUGAAACUGCAUAUGUGACUAAUCUGAUGUCUAGAAGCAGUGGAGAUGCUUUAAGAGAUCCUGCAUCCUGUGGUGUGAGAUCAUUCAGAAAUCCAAAUGUAAAUGCAAAAUCUGGUAGUGGUCUGAAUGAGAGAGACACCAUGUCAAAGCAAAAGAUUGAUAAGUUUGACACAACUGAUCUUGAUUGGACUGAUAGCAUGCCAGAAUGUCCAGUAUAUUUCCCAAGUAAAGAAGAGUUCGAGGACCCUUUGGCUUUUCUCCAAAAAAUUGCCCCUGAAGCUUCAAAAUAUGGUAUAUGCAAGAUUGUUUCCCCUUUGAGUGCCUCUGUUCCAGCUGGCAUGGUUUUAAUGAAAGAGAAAGCUGGUUUUAGGUUUACUACAAGGGUGCAGCCUCUUCGUCUUGCUGAGUGGAAUACUGAUGAUAAAGUCACAUUUUUCUUGAGUGGAAGAAACUAUACAUUCCGUGAUUUUGAGAAAAUGGCGAACAAGGUUUUUACACGUAGAUAUUACAGUGCUGGGUGUCUUCCAACUACAUAUUUAGAAAAAGAAUUUUGGCAAGAAAUAGCUUCUGGAAAAACCGAAAGUGUUGAGUAUGCAUGUGAUGUUGAUGGAAGUGCCUUUUCAUCUUCUCCCUCUGAUCAACUCGGAAACAGCAAAUGGAAUUUGAAGAAAGUUGCUCGAUUGUCCAGAUCCAUCUUGCGUCUUCUAGAAACAACAAUUCCGGGGGUUACUGAACCAAUGCUGUACAUAGGGAUGCUAUUCAGUAUGUUUGCUUGGCACGUAGAAGAUCAUUACUUAUACAGCAUUAAUUACCAUCAUUGUGGAGCUGCAAAAACAUGGUACGGUGUACCCGGUCACGCAGCAGUUGACUUUGAAAAAAUUGUUCGUGAAAAGGUGUACACUCAUGACAUUUUAUCAAGUGAAGGAGAAGAUGGUGCUUUUGAUGUUCUUUUAGAAAAAACAACCUUGUUUCCUCCUAAUAUUUUGUCACAACAUGGUGUUCCAGUUUACAAAGCUGUUCAAAAGCCCGGUGAAUACGUCAUCACCUUCCCCCGUGCAUAUCACGCAGGAUUUAGUCAUGGUUUUAAUUGUGGUGAGGCUGUGAAUUUUGCAAUUGGUGAUUGGUUCCAGUUGGGGUCGAUAGCAAGCCGUCGUUACGCGCUUCUUAAUCGUACACCUCUCCUUCCUCAUGAAGAACUUUUAUGCAAAGAAGCCAUGCUUAUUUCAUCAUCAUCAUCAUCAGCAGCAGCUAUAAGCCAUGAAGAUUUAGCAUCUCAACUUAGUGUUAAGGCCUCGUUUGUGAAUCUAAUACGCUUCCAACAUCGUGCGCGUUGGUGUCUAACCAAAUCCAGGGACUGUAUGGGAAUUUCACAACAUUCUCAUGGAACCAUCCUUUGCAGUGUUUGUAAACGUGACUGUUACGCUGCGUAUAUCAACUGCAGCUGCUAUUUACACCCCGUCUGCCUUCGCCAUGAGUUUAAGCCGCUUGAGUUGGCUUGUGGAACAAACUUUACACUCUCUGUAAGGGACCAAGUGUUGGAAAUGGAGAAAGUUUCAAGAAUGUUGGAAGAGGAUAAAGAUAUUGUAAACGAAGCUGAAGUUCAAUUUAAAAACGCAAGUGACAAAGUUUUUCUAUCUAACUUGUAUCCAAUAACUGAAGGCGAUUCAUACAUUCCAUAUUGCAAGGUGGAUUUUGUUCCUCAACCCCCAAUAGAAAGUUUACAAGCGGAUACGUGUCAUUACAGUGACAGCAACGAUUCUGACUCGGAGAUAUAUAGAUUCAAACGCCGUUCAUCUCUAAAACCCAAACACAGACCAAUGAAUUUUGCAUCUUCAAAAUCAGAACAUCAGGGGUUAAAGCGGUUGAAGAAGGCAGAGCCUGAAAGAUUGAGUGUGAUCUCCAUCAAGUACAAGAAAACGGGACAUGAAGAAAAUGUGAGUGUGGGUAAGCGGAGAGAUGAGAAAAGGGUGUUAGAGAGUUGUCCGAAGCGAAUCAAAGUAAGAGGACCUUCGAUUUCAAUUACAGGUUUAGAAACAAAACAGAUUCAUUACUAAUUGGCUAACAAAAUACAUCAGCAGCAUUCAGUUUUAGCUUCUGCAGAGUAAGUAGAAAGAGCAUAUGAUGACAAAAAUUAACAAAAGUUGGUAGUAGAUGAAAACCACAAAUUUACGAUUCUUUGUGCAGAUGCCGCUUCUAAUUGGGCUGGAUUUGCACUACUUUUUUAGGUUCUGUUAGUUAGUGGGUUCUUUUCAUGUACAUUUAUUUUCAACGAGAGGUUAAAAUGGUAAUUCAUAUAAUACCAUCCAAACCUCUUUGUUUACUUCUUUCUUCUCAUUUAAUGUGAAAAAUCUAAUCUUUUCUUCUUUA